AUGUACAUCUUUACAAGGGAAUGGGAUGGUGGAUCCGCUUGGUUGGAAAUGAGAUACAUAUUCCGCCCAAAAUUAAUAGCCGCCGCCCGAUCCAAAUCCGCCUCCAGCUCCUCCUCCGAAUCCACCUCCAGCUUCCCCUUCAAAUCCGCCUCCGGCUCCCACUCCAAAUCCACCUCCGGCUCCCACUCCGGCUCCUCCUCCGACCCCCCCUCCAGCUCCCCCUCCAAAUCCACCUCCGGCACCCGCUCCAGCUCCUCCUCCGAAUCCACCUCCGGCACCCCCUCCAAAUCCACCUCCGGCACCCCCUCCAAAUCCACCUCCGGCACCCCCUCCAAAUCCACCUCCGGCACCCGCACCAGCUCCUCCUCCGAAUCCACCUCCGGCACCCCCUCCAAAUCCACCUCCGGUACUCCCUCCGGCACCCCCUCCAAAUCCGCCCCCGGCACCCCCUCCAAAUCCGCCCCCGGCACCCCCUCCAAAUCCGCCACCGGCACCCCCUCCAAAUCCGCCCCCGUCACCACCUCCAGCCCCACCUUCAAAGCCGCCUCCGCCUCCAACUCCGGCUCCACCUCCCCCGCCGAUACCGCCGCCAACGCCGCCGCCAAGACCGCCGCCGGCACCUCCAUAAGUAGGAUCUCUACGACCUAA